CUUACCUUUCUCGUACAUCGUAUCGUAGGUGUCUGUCUGCUGUGUGCUGUGCUGUGGAACAUUCAGUUGUUAACUCAAAUUUGUUUGUUUAUUAUUGUAAACGUUAAACAUGUAACAAAAACAUUACAGAAAGAGUUUACGUUCUGUUAUCUAUGCUGUUCUUAUAACAACGAAAAGUAUUUUUAUAAGUACGCUAUUCGCUAAAACGCUAAACAAUAUGCUGCAUAAAAAGUCAGAGUACAGACAGCAAUAUAACAAGUUAAGUGAAGAUCUUAGAAGAAAGAUUUGGCUAGACAAUGUGGCUUUAAGAAAAUCCAGGCAGUUGUCAAAUCAAGCUACCCAUUACUGGGAGUACCAACUGAGAGAUUAUCCAUGUGAAUGCGAAGCUGUGAAUGAGACUGAUAGUGAUGGAGGACCAGUGCCUCAUCACAGGCAAAAACACAAGGAGCUAUGGGAAAAAUAUAAUCAUCAGCUAGGUAGAGCACCAGAGACUAAGGAUGCUAGAGACGAGGCAGUUCAGACACCAGAGUGGACAGGGGACGAGCCUGACAGAAGUGGGGACCAAGCACAUGAGGAGGGUGUCGCAGGUCUAGGGUUGCCGGAGGGAAAGGGACGAAGAAGACAUCCAGCAACCCCCACCUCAGUAGCUAGGACAGCUCGGUCCUUGUCUCGACCUUCCCGCACAACAAAGAACCUGGCCACGGAGCCCAAGCAGGCUCAUUUUGUGCCCUACGGAUGGAACGAGAAGACGCAGAAAGUGGGACAAAAACUAACAUAUAAUGUGUGUGCACCUAAAAAAGAGGUACAUGAUUCAGCAUUACACGCAUCACAGAGACGAAAAGCUGAGGUGAAUGAAUUUCUGGUACAAGAAAGAGCAGUGAAACAUCAUUCAAGAACACCGAGAGAGCGGGUUUGUUCAAACAGCAGCAGCUUAUGGAUGAGUGAGUACCAGGAGCAGUUCAGUGCCAGGAGUAGACAGCCCCGCCCAGCCUCUGCUCCCCCCGCUCCUCGCCCCCCCAUCACUUGGCGGCACAGCUGAGAGCCGGCCAGCCACAGUGUCUGGUCCACCGAGUACCGUGCUCAGUACACUGAAAGGCCUUUCCGAGAAGCAAGGGCGUUUUCGGCUCCACCAGCACCUAGAUUUAUGAAACUUUAGCAGAUCCUACUGUUUUUAACUAAAAUGAAUAUAGUACAAAAACUUACAUGUUUUAUUUUUUACAUAGGUUUUUGUUGAUGAAUUAUUUGUAACUUUUCAAAAAGUUAUUAUUGUUGUUUUUACUUUUAUGUAUAUUUAAUGUUGUCUGUAAAUGAAUUUAAGUCUCUGAUUCCCAAACAUAAUUUGAAUAGCCUUGUAAAUAGCCAUUGUAUAGCUCCUGGACUCCUUUUGUUUCAAAUUAGGCUUUUUUAUUUUCCCUGAGGUCCAUUUCAUUGACAAUAUACACACUGUUAGCGUUGCAAGCGCAGAAAGUAGAGAAGUGCAUAUUUUCAUAGGAGACCAGGGGCUAAAAAAUAAUUACAUCGGAUGAUCUUUGCUCACUUGCCUUUGUGUUUGUAAUAAUGCAAAAGUAGUGUACACACCUAGUUCUAAAACGUCAUUAAGAAGGGCCAGGACACACAGCUAUCUUACCUGAGGAUCAAUAGAGCAAAUAUAGAAAUGUUAUUCACCUAACACUUAUGUCUCUUUUUAAAACGCUUUUCCAUCAGAUGAUUUUGUUGUUCAUGCAACAUUCUCGCUUGUCUUUGAAAUUCGUUGUGUGUAUUGAAAAAUUUUUAAAAAUUUAGUGUGAUUUGCUUUGUGAUAACUAACUAUUGUGUGAUAACUUAGGGAAAUGUGUGUGGCAUUUUGUUAAUUUCUUUUAUAUUAUUUAUUCAGAGAUUGUUUAAGAGUAUUUUCAUUGUUGUAAGACAAAACUUAUUUUGAAAUAAAAAAAUAGUUUGGGAAAAACAUAAGAUAUUCUGUCUAUGUUCAUGUAUUGUGGUAAAGAGGCUUAUGGCAAGAACUGCAAUUUACUGAAGUUGAGAUUGAUUACUUCCCAUACUUGGCACAGCUUUCGCUUUUGUUAAAAGAUGUAAUUUUAUUGACUAAGUGAUUAUAGAGAUUGGAAAGCUCUUAAGUUGGCCCCUGGUGACAGAAAGAACCGACCUUAGACUGUCUGGAGACUGUUGACAUUGACGAUUAUAAAAGGUCAACAGCUAUGCAUGGUAGACAAAGAGAACAACAAAUAUCUUUGGUUGCUGCUAUACAUGAAAGAGUCAAGUUGGGUCAUAUGAAUGGGAUGGGGAUUUGAAUUGUACAUGUUAUGGUUGCUUUAAGCUUUACAAGAUUGAAUUGAAUAUUAGAAGUGCAUUUGAUAUAACUACAUACGAUAAGUGAACAUGUUUUAAUAAUAAAAUACAUAGAUAUCUUUAAGAUAGAUUAAAAAUAUUACAAAGCCUUUGUUCUAUUGUAAAAAGAUAUAACAUGAAAUAAUUACUUCUCCAAAUCUGCUCACGCAGUUGUGAACAGUUGUA